GAGUCCGCUAUGAACUCAUCAUCGUUCGAGCUUACAAAUUUCUCCACCGAGUUACCAUUUUGAUUUCUGCCAGGCGGUGGCACUUCCUCGGGUCUAUUUGAACUGAGGCUGACCUGGGGUCAUCGGCCCGUUGAAGAAGCGUCUUGUGGGGUUUUCGGAUUUCACCGGUGAGCGCGCCUCGCGAACAAUUUUUGCGACGGGGCCGUUGACCGGGUGUGAUUCUGAGCUCGGUCGGUCUGGGUCCAGGUCUGUAGAGCUCAAGCUUUGGCGGUCCAGUCAGAAGAAGAGAAGAGAAGAGAAAGACCAACUAAACUUACGACACUUGGAGGAGAGCCAAACCUCUGCAGCAUGUCACAGCAGGAGCCGCCGCAAUCAAUUUCGGAGUCGAAAGAUCCAUCGACUGCCGCGCAACCCGUGUCAGAUGCUACUGCGGCGACACCACCGAAGACGUCUUCAAAGUCAACUUGGUUCGAUGUACCAGCUCCGUUGGCCCGACUAUUCAGGCAAUUCCCACUUGUAACAUAUCCCCCAAACGAGCUACCAUUUCGAUCGCCGAGCAAUAAACACACUCCUGCACUCUAUGUAUUCGUGUCAGACCGUGACGCUCUACGGGCAUGGCCAAGCUUCAAUCCCUCGUGUUUGAAAUGGCAGACCUUCCUUAGACUAGCCGGGGUCGAGUUCCGUAUAGUGCCUUCUACCAACCACGCAUCGCCCACUGGUGCAUUGCCAUUCCUAAUUCCCCAGUCAACCCCGAGCGACCUUGCGUCCCAGAUUCCCAUACCGUCCAACAAGCUGGAACGGUACGCGCUAGACCAUGGCUCUCAUAAGGUGUCGGAAACCGAUAGCCCACGAGUUGACGCAUAUCAGUCCCUGCUAGAUAACCCGAUACGUAAUGCUUGGCUAUACGCGUUGUAUCUAUCUUCGACAAACUCGCGACUCCUGUCCCAGCUCUACGUUGAACCUAUAUCCUCGUCGAUACUCGUCCAGACAACAGUUCGAUAUCAGCUUCGAAACGCUGCCGAGGCUGAGAUAUUGCAGUCGGUAGGCACGACGAGAGUAGAUCCAACAACCAUUUUUAGAGACGCGGAGCAGGCCUUCGAUGCCCUUGCAGCAGCGUUGGGAUCCGGUGACUGGUUCUUUGGGAACCCAGGACCAGGUCUAUUUGACGCAGCAUUGUUUGCCUAUACGCAUCUCCUGCUGGAUGAAUCUCUACCCUGGGCAGAUACCCGCUUAACAGACUCGCUCAAGAGAUACCAACCUCUGGUUGAUCAUAGAAACCGGAUUCUAAAUAUAUGCUGGCCUGACUUCAUCGGACGCCAGACGUAAUUGCUGCUGUAUGAACACUGUAUCAGUUGGAAUGCAAUUCGCAUUCUGCAUAAACCAUGGCGUUAAAGAGUGCAACAUGACUGCUGGUCGAGCAAGUCUCGGGAAACUGAAUUAUACCCUUUGUACAUAGGUAGUUCAAAACAUCUAGUUUUGACCAGGCUACGCGCUCGUCGCU